AUGGUCUUGUACUUUGAGAGUGACGCCGUGAGUCCUUCAGCCAUGAUAUACAUGGGAAAAGACAAGUUUGAGAACGAGGAACUCAUCAAGUUUGGAUUUGAAGAGGACGUAUGGUUUCACGUCGACAAACUUUCAUCUGCGCACGUCUAUCUGCGGCAACAGAAGGGAGCUAGUUGGGAAGAUAUACCUGAAUUGCUGCUGCAAGAUUUGGCACAAUUGACGAAAGCUAAUAGCAUUGAAGGAAACAAGAAGGACAAUAUCACUGUCAUUUACACGCCUUGGGCAAACUUGAAAAAGACUCAGGGAAUGGAGACUGGACAAGUCACCUUUCACAAAAAUACCAUGGUCAAGAGGAUACACGUCCAAACACGUGCAAAUGCAAUCAUCAACCGACUCAACAAGACCAAAGAAGAACGAGAACCUGACUUGGCUAAUGAAAAGGUCAUUAGAGCACGUGAAGAUCGUGAUGUGUCUAGAGAAAUGGAAAAGAAGCAGCGCCAACAAGAAAGAGCAGAAAAAGAAGCCAAACGUAUUGCAGAAGAAACCAAGUCUUAUUCUGCUGCUAUGAAAGAACGUAACAUGAAAUCCAAUCGACGUGACUUGGAUGAGAGUGCCAAGAGAACUCCCUUCAAGGACGCCAUCUCAACAAUGAGCUCUUUAAUCAAGCCAAACCCUACUCUAGAUACUUUAUGCAGGUUUCUCAACUCGGUUCGAGGCACUGACAAAGUCCUCAUGCUAAUGGUAUACGCUUCCAAAAUCGGCAUAUACGCCCUCCAUCGUAAAGACCCGAAAUCUCCCAUCGCAGUCCGUCUUCAAAACCUCAUUGGACCAGCAUCAGACACUCGUAUGCUCCUCCGCUACUAUGGUCUCUUACCAAUGUAUCAAUGGAUUCUCUACUCGGAAGCACAUCCAGCAGCAACAAGCUACCUCCAGACUCUAAUCCGUCUGCAAAAUCUAGCAAACGUGCUCUACUACCCCCUCGAACACGCAUAUUGGUUGGGCGCACACAAUGUGAUUCCAAUGUCUGAAGAAACGCGUGAUAAAGUAUUUGGAUUGUGGAGUAGCAGGUUUUGGGCUUUAUAUGUCGUCUUGUAUUUUGCCCAGUUGUGGGAAGAGCACAAGAUCUUGUUGACAAAGGAGGUGGCAUUAGAGAAACGGAUUAGGGCUUCCAGUAAAAGUGGAGAUGACAGUGUAAAGGUCAAGCAAACAUUGGGGGAACAAAAAGUCGCGUUGGCUGAUGAGAGGAAGACUUUGAUGAUAAACUUUGUAAUUAAUGCUGCAUACUUUCCAUUGACUAUUCACUGGAGUGUGGAGGCUUCACCAUUCCCUGAGAUUGGUGUGGGAAUCUGUGGGACCGUUGCUGCUCUUGCUCAGAUAUACACUGCUUGGAUCGCCAGUUGUUAG